UCUGGGCCCAGUCGCUUCUGCAAGUCCAAGGGGUCGUCAUCGCCACCAACCGCCCCCUCGACCAACUUGCUCUCCUUCUCUUCCCUCUGCCAAGCGCCUCGGCGUCCGUGCUCUGCAGCCACGGCGCAUCCAUUACGCUCCGCCGCGGCGCCGCUCAAUUCGUCGACGAGAUGGCGCAACCAGGGAGCUACUUCCAGGACGCGCGCCUCCCGCAGCAGCGGGGCGUCGACGGCGUUGUCUUCCCCGCGGUGCUCGUGCCGGGACGCGGGGGCAGCUGCAGCUUCGACGAGUUCCUGGCGGCUGUCCGCUCGGAGAAGGCGUCACGGCUGGAGCCGCCGCUGCUGGCGGCCGGGGCGGUGCUGCUGCGCGGCUUCCCGGCGCGGACCGCCGCCGACUUCGACCGCGCCGUAGAUGCGUUCGGGUACGAGGAGCUGCCCUACGUCGGCGCCGCGCCUCGGACCAAUGUCGUCGGCCGCGUCUUCACCGCCAACGAGUCGCCGCCCGACCAGAGCAUCCCCUUCCACCACGAGAUGGCGCAGGCUCCAACAUUUCCGUCCAAAUUGUUUUUCUUCUGUGAAGUGGAAGCAGAGAGUGGUGGAGAGACACCAAUAGUGUUGAGCCAUUUUGUUUAUAACAAGGUCAAGGACAAGUUCCCAGAAUUUGUGGAGAAGCUGGAGAAAUGUGGGCUGAUUUACACAAGAAUCUUAGGAGAGGGUGACGAUCCAUUUUCUCCAAUCGGUCGUGGAUGGCAAUCAGUAUUUGCCACUAGUGAUAGAGUCGUCGCUGAGGAAAGGGCUGCAGGACGUGGAAUGAAGCUGGAAUGGACUGGGGACCGAGUUAAAACAGUAACAGGCCCGAUACCAGCAGUUAAAUGGGACGAGAGACGAGGAAGAAAAAUAUGGUUCGUUAACAUGGUUGCUGCCUACACAGGGUGGAAGGAUGCUCGGAACGGUCCUGUGAAUACAGUCAUGUUUGGCGAUGGCUCGCCCUUGCCUGCCGAUGUCAUAGACGAAUGUGGGAAGAUCUUAGAAGAAGAAUGCGUGGCCAUUCCAUGGCAACAAGGUGACAUUCUUCUUAUAGACAACUGGGCAGUCUUACAUGGUCGGCGGCCUUCUAAGUCCCCACGACGCAUACUUGCUUCACUCUGUAAAUAGCAUAUUGGCAUGUAGAAGUAAAUGCAUCAUAGGAUGGGCUGGAGUAUUGGUUUGCAGUAUACAUGUACGGGUGUGUUUGGUUUGUUGGGCUACUGCAGCCUGGCCAGAAAACCAAACCAGGCUAGCCCAGGACUGCAGUAUGGAGCCCAGUGUGGAUGUGUUUGGUUUGUCACACAACUAAGCUUGGCCCGUCUAAUUUUUUUUGUUUGGUGGGCUGCGCUGCAGCUGGGCUACAUUUGGUAAGGCAGGUAUCUCCAUGUUU